UCUCUGCAGGUCAGUCUCCGUGGCGAUCACCUCCGUGUUAAUUGUGCGUCGCCGAGUGUGAAGUAUGCCGGGCGCAUAUUUGAGCCUGUGGAGCACUCGGCGUGCUGCACGUCUCCCUCAGACCGCUCAGACGCUGCUUCCUGAAACAUGAAACCAGAUCUCUGAGACGCCCAGACUUACGGUGAACGUUGAGAGAGACAUGGCUCCGCGGAGGAUGGAAACCAAGCCCGUGAUCUUCUGUCUGAAGACGCUGCUGCUGCUCUACUGCCUCAUCUUCUGGGUGACCGGUGUGGUGCUGCUGUCGGUGGGGUUGUGGUGGAGCUUCAUGUUGGGUCCGUACGCGCUGCUCAUCUCCAGCAGCCAAUCAAACGCUCCGUAUGUCCUCAGCGCCACCGGAGGCGCCAUCGUGCUGUUCGGGCUGUUUGGCUGCUUCGCCGCCUGCAGGGGGCACGUCUGGAUGCUGAAGCUGUACGCAGUGUUUCUGUCGCUGGUCUUCAUAACAGAACUCAUCGCUGGAAUCUCGGGAUUCGUCUUUCGCCACGAGAUUAAAGGGACAUUCCUCACGACGUACAGCGAAGCAGUGAUGAGAUACGACGGGCGAGACGACCGCAGCCUAGCCGUGGACGGUGUCCAACGUAAACUGCACUGCUGUGGCGUUUAUAACUACACCAGUUGGCUCAGCAGCGUGUAUUUCCCCGCCAGCGGGAUUCCCGCCAGCUGCUGCGUUAGCUUCUCCGAUUGCAGCGAUGCCGAUCUGAGGAACGCCACUCUGGCUGCACGCAAAGUCCACAAACAGGGUUGUUAUGAGCUGGUGAUGUCCUUUAUAGACGGCAACAUGGGAAUCAUCGCUGGUGUUACUUUCGCCAUUGCCUUCUCUCAGCUGAUCGGCGUGUCUCUGGCCUGCUGUCUGUCUCGCUUCAUCAACGCCAACCAGUACGAGAUGGUGUGACAGACGACAGACGAGGAUGCAGAUGUCCCCUGAUCUCUCAGCCGUCCACCUUCCUCUCGUAUUUAUUUAGUUUUCAGACAG